AUGAGGAGGGAUAAUGGAAGCACAUUCUCUGAGUUCAUCCUCUUAGGGCUUCCCAUCAGGCCAGAGGAACAAGGCCUGUGCUAUGCCCUUUUCCUGGCCAUGUACCUGACCACCGUGCUGGGGAACCUGCUCAUCAUCCUGCUCAUCCGGCUGGACUCCCGCCUCCACACCCCCAUGUACUUCUUCCUCAGCCACCUGGCUUUCACUGACAUCUCUUUCUCCUCUGUCACGGCACCAAAGAUGCUCAUGAACAUGCUGACACAGAGCCGGUCCAUCUCAUAUGCUGGGUGCAUUUCCCAGGUGUAUUUUUUCUUAUUUUUUGCAGAUUUGGACAGCUUCCUCCUCACCUCAAUGGCCUAUGACAGAUAUGUAGCCAUCUGUCACCCUCUGCACUACACCACCAUCAUGAGUCAGAACAUCUGCUUCCUGUUAGUGAUUGGCUCCUGGGUUUUGUCUUUUGCAGGAGCCCUGGUGCACACCCUCCUUCUAGCUCGUCUUUCUUUCUUUAUAGACAACACUCUCCACCACUUCUUCUGUGACCUCUCAGCCUUGAUUAAACUGUCAAGCUCAGAUACCACUGUCAAUGAGCUGGUUAUCCUCAUUGUAGGAUCAUUGGUCAUUACCCUACCAUUUGUAUGCAUUCUAAUCUCUUACGGCCGAAUUGGAACCACCAUCUUGAAAACUCCCUCCAUCAAGGGCAUCUGCAAAGCCCUGUCCACAUGUGGCUCUCACCUCUCUGUGGUUUCUCUCUACUAUGGAGCCAUUAUUGGGCUCUACUUUGUCCCCUCAACCAAUAACACUAAUGACAAGGAUGUCAUCGUGGCUGUGAUGUACACGCUGGUGACACCCAUGCUCAACCCCUUCAUCUACAGUCUGCGGAAUCGAGAUAUGAAAGGAGCUCUGAAAAAUAUCCUCAGGAUAGGAACUUUUUCAGUGUAG